GCGCGAGGAAGCAUCGCGUGAGGAAGCAGCGUUACAAGGAGCGAGCGCUGCAGAGGCCCGACGACCUAUUCUACCCCAUUCUGUCUUACCGGCGCCAGUUCGGCGACCCCAAUGCACCGAAGAACAAGCAAUUGGGCCACAAGAAAUGCAUCAUGGAGGGAGUGAAGGGAGUCGCAGUGCCUGCCGGGGAUACAGACGAACCGUGGAGAAUCAAGAACACAGUCGGCUCCCGACUCGAGCACGACGAGAGCCAAGACAUCGGCAGCGAUUCGGACAGCUCCGUCGCCCAGAAAGUAUUCGAGGACAUCGCAAAGAAGGAUGAUGAGGCAUAUAGGAGCGUGUGCCGGGGGGCGAUGCUAGACAUUCUGAAGAAGUGCGAGCUCGACGAGGACGAGCGCGCCAAGGAGGAGGAUCGCUCGAAGAAGGCAGCGGCGGCGCGCAAGCGGCGCAAGCUCAAGGAGAAGGGCUCGGAGAAGAAGGCUAAAGUCAGGAGCUUCUUCGCCAGGGAGGCCAUGAGCGAGGACAGCGACGGGUCCGAGGGCGGGCUGGGCCAGAGGCAGGGCGGCAAGGCCGCCAGCAGCAGGGCCGCCUCAACCAUCAAGGCUAAGGCAGUGAAGGCGAAGAAGGAUGGGCCCCGCGUCCACGGCGGCAGCAAGGCCGACAAGUCCAGGGGGAUGGGCGAGGGCAAGGCCGACGAGGCAGGUGAUUCCGACGAGGGAGACAAGGCAGACCUUGGGAGGAGGGGGCCGAAAGCUAAAGACCCCAAUCAGGUGUGCGAGGAUCAGUGGUCGGAGUGGAUGGGUGCAGAUGAGCUUUCGCAUUUUUUCGGCGAGCAGAGGAACACCAAACUCAAGCUGAUCGUGAGGCACGCCGGCGUCGCGAAGAAUAAGGCCGAGAGUUCGGCCGACGAGAGCAAGAAGAAGGUGUUCGAGCUCGCCGGGAAGAAGUUCCAGAUCAUGGAGAUGGGGAUCAAAUUGGCGAGAGCGUGGCGGGCCCGCUCGGGGCCAGGGUCUCACGCGACGGAUUUCGAAUUCCAGUACGGGCGCAUGAUGUCUUUCGCGGCCGCGGAGCCGUCCCACAGAGUGCAGUCGCAGUACUUGUGGCGCACCAGAGGCUCGUUGAAGGCGUCCAACCCGUUCCAUGAGCCCGCCGAGUUCGUGCAGUGCGUGUCCCGUUCCAGUGCCGAGGCAAUGUUUGGUGUUUCCGAUGGCAAACUUGACGCGCCAGAUGGGUUUGUUCUAGAAGAUGAGCAGAGCAGUUUGUUCCAGCAGUGGGUCGCGGCCGCGUUGUGCACGAAUGCGCCCUUCGCCAUUAUCAAGAGCGGCAUGGGCGCGGCGCUGGGCAAGUUCGCCAACUUGGUGUCGUCCCAGGGGCAGGAGUUCUCGGCGACCCUCGCGAGCGAGAUCGCCUACUUGCACGUCCUCAUAGACUUGCCUGCAGCGUCCCUGGACCAGAGCACCCACAAGCAUUUGGCCGAUGCUCGCGCCCUCGUCAACCAUUCGGCUGAUAGCCAGAAGCAUCUCCCAACUUUCCUGGCCAAGUUCCCCAAGUACGGGACACCUCUGUUAGCAUUGGCAGACGAGCGCCUCGGUGAGUUCAAGAAUCUCAAGCAAUGGAUGGACGACGUAGAGCGCCGCAUCUGCAACUUGAGCCAGUUCCCCCACGAAUCCUUGCAGUUUAGCGAGCAGGUAAAGAUAUUUACUGCCGAGGUGUAUGAGUUCCUGAAGGGGAGCGACCUGCUGCCCCAGCUCAAGGAGUUCAUGGGGGACGCCGCCGAGAAGUACGUGGACUCCGUGCGCACUGCCUCCGCGCACACGCUCGGGUGCAUCGCCGACGUCUUCGUGCAGGAGAUGGUCCGCUACAUCGACUCCGGGGGCGCUUGGGAUGCGACGAAGCUGCUCACUCCCGAGCUGCCCCGUGCGUUGGAG